AUGGCUUCGCCCUCAGCCACAGACUCUCCAGAAGAGGAGAGCACCGAUGUCCCCGAGGUGACGCAAACAGAGACGAGAGCGGCCGUGUCGCGACUCCGGGCUAAGAACACAGCGCCCGGACCCGACGGAGUUCCUGGUCGAGCUCUCGUCCUGGCUCUGAAGGAGCUAGAGCCCCAGCUGAGAGGGCUCUUCACGGCAUGUCUCGAGCAGGGUCAGUUUCCCAGUGUGUGGAAGGAGGGGAGGCUGGUCCUGCUCAGGAAGGAGGGGCGCCCCGCGGACUCACCGUCCGCGUACCGGCCCAUAGUGCUGCUCGACGAGGCGGGCAAACUUCUUGAGCGCAUCAUCGCAGAUCGCCUCGUCAGCCACUUUUGCAGAGAGGGGCCGUGCCUGGACGAGAACCAGUUUGGUUUUCGUCGCGGGCGCUCCACCAUAGACGCUAUUACGCGCGUGAGGGCCCUGGCGGAGGAGACAGUAUCCCGGGGUGGGGUGGUGCUGGCGGUGUCCUUAGACAUCUCCAACGCCUUCAACACCCUACCCUGGAGUUGUAUUCGGGAGGCGCUGAAUUACCAUCGCGUGCCUCCCUACCUCCGCCGCACAAUAGGGGCUUACCUUGAGGAGAGAUGCGUUACCUAUGGGGACGUGACGGCGCUGGUCGGCGCGUCAUGUCGUGCGGUGUUCCGCAGGGAUCGGUCUUGGGACCGCUCCUGUGGAACAUCGGCUACGACUGGGUGCUGA